AUGGGCAAGAAGAAGCGUGGACACCCUGACGUCGAGGACGUCCUCUCCCGACCAUGGUGCUAUUACUGCGAGCGUGAUUUUGAAGAUCUGAAGCUUCUCAUCUCUCAUCAGAAAGCCAAGCACUUCAAGUGCGACAGAUGCGGUCGCCGACUCAAUACCGCUGGAGGUCUCUCCGUCCAUCUGAACCAAGUUCACAAGGAAACUCUCACCCAAGUCGAGAAUGCGCUACCGAACCGGCAAGGCCUCGAUGUGGAGAUCUUCGGCAUGGAGGGUAUUCCCCAGGAUAUUCUAGACCAGCACAGGAACCGCAUUAUUCAGAACUUCUACCAGGCCCAAGAGGACCGUAGGAUUGCCACUGGUAAUCCUUUACCUGGCCAGUCGAAACAGCCGAGAAAGAAACUCAAAGUCGAAACUCCCGAAGAGUUGAAGGCCCGCCUUGCCGAGCAUCGCGCACGACUGGCCGCCGGCCACCCUCCUGCUACCAGCGGCAGCCCUGCCAACGGCGCUCCUGCAAGCGCAAGCCCAGGUGCAUUCAACAACUCUCCGUACCCACCGCCUCAAGCGCCUUACGGUGCUUCUCCCGAUCAAAACUACCCGCCUGGUGCUGCCCCUGGCGCUCCGGCUUACCCUCAACAGGGUUAUCCGCAAGGCAACUUUGGUGGUUUCUCUGCAUCAUCUCUUCCCGCGAGACCGACGAGUGGCCUCCAAGCGAUGCCCGGCCUACCUCAACGGCCCCCCCAACAUGGCGGCCAGUUCUGGAAUGGUUCUGGCGCACCGCCGCCUGGGUUCCCAGGAGCAUCCACUGUCGAUGAGCUGGUUUCUGGAGCGGCACAGCACGGAGACGAAAUCGACGAGCUCAUUCGCAGAGCCGAGUCCGGUAUCAAGCCGGCCAAGAAGCCCGAAGAUGAAGCCGGUGACGAGGCCGCAGGCGACAAGAAGUCGAAGAAGGAUAAGAACGGCAGAAUGUUCUAUGCAGACACAGAGGUCAGCCCUGAGGAGCGCAUGGCGCAAAUACCGAGAUACGCCUACGUACCCCCAGCAUCGUAG